AUGAGCUCCCCAGGCACAGAGAGCGCAGGGAAAAGCCUGCAGUACCGAGUGGAUCACCUGCUCAGCGCCGUGGAGAGCGAGCUGCAGGCGGGCAGUGAGAAGGGCGACCCCACGGAGCGCGAGCUGCGAGUGGGCUUAGAGGAGAGCGAACUGUGGCUGCGCUUCAAGGAGCUAACUAACGAGAUGAUUGUGACCAAGAACGGCAGGAGGAUGUUCCCGGUGCUGAAGGUGAACGUUUCGGGUUUGGACCCCAAUGCCAUGUAUUCCUUCUUGCUGGACUUCGUCGCGGCUGACAAUCACCGCUGGAAGUAUGUGAAUGGGGAGUGGGUACCUGGGGGCAAGCCAGAGCCUCAGGCGCCCAGCUGCGUCUACAUCCACCCAGAUUCGCCCAACUUCGGGGCCCACUGGAUGAAGGCUCCGGUGUCUUUCAGCAAAGUCAAACUCACCAACAAACUCAACGGAGGAGGCCAGAUCAUGUUGAAUUCCUUGCACAAGUAUGAGCCUCGCAUUCACAUUGUGAGAGUGGGGGGCCCACAACGUAUGAUCACCAGCCACUGCUUUCCUGAGACCCAGUUCAUAGCUGUGACCGCCUACCAGAACGAGGAGAUCACAGCCCUGAAAAUUAAAUACAAUCCGUUUGCGAAGGCCUUCCUUGAUGCCAAAGAAAGAAACGACCACAAAGAUGUGCUGGAGGAACCUGGGGACGGCCAGCAGCCGGGGUAUUCCCAAUCAGGGGGGUGGCUUGUUCCUGGCACCAGCACCCUCUGUCCACCUGCCAGCUCCCACCCUCAGUUUGGAGGCUCGCUGUCUCUCCCCUCCACACAUGGCUGCGAGAGGUACCCUGCUCUGAGGAGCCACCGCUCAUCCCCUUACCCCAGCCCGUACGCUCAUCGGAACAACUCUCCCACCUAUGCCGACAAUUCAUCUGCGUGUUUGUCCAUGCUGCAACCCCACGACAACUGGUCUAGCCUAGGAGUGCCUGGCCACACCAGCAUGCUACCCAUGAGUCACAGCACCAGCCCGCCUACCGGCUCUAGCCAAUACCCCAGCCUAUGGUCUGUGAGCAAUGGCACCAUCACCCCAGGCUCCCAGACAGCCGGGGUGUCCAACGGGCUAGGAGCUCAGCUCUUUCGGGGCUCCCCUGCACAUUACGCACCUCUGACGCACACAGUCUCGGCGACCACGUCCUCUGGCUCCCCUAUGUAUGAAGGGGCGGCUACCGUCACGGACAUUUCUGACAGCCAAUAUGACACAGCCCAGAGCCUCCUCAUAGCCUCGUGGACACCCGUGUCACCUCCAUCCAUGUGAACUGAACUCUUCCCCACCGUGCGCUAAGACAGCCAGUGUCGACUGGAUCCUCUCCUAGGCACCACAGGGCAGGCUCUUGGGACAAGGGAAAGAAAUAAAAGCUUGCUACUAACUCCAUUGUCAAGUAAGAGGAACUGCGCAUGCCCUGUUUAUCAUGUUCCACGACCCUCUUGCUUGACACCCGCGGUAGUGACGUGUGUCCUACAUGUGAAGCCAGGUACAGACGCGAGGCUGGGGUCCGGUCUCCUGUCAAAUCCUUUGUCUCUGCUACAACAUGUAGGUGACUUUGAAAGGCUGGGCUUUGCCCACCCCUGUCCUACUUUAGUGCGACACAAGGCACACUUCCAAUGCCUGUCCUCGUUGCUUUAGAGUAGUUAGCUUUGGGGACAGAGAAAUCAUAGCCAGCAGACUG